UGAAGCAUGGCAUCAAUGACUCUGAUAAGGGCAAGUGUACAACCAAUCUGCUUGACAACUGACAAGAGGCUGGGGUUUGAAGCAGACUGCAAAAAGAAUGCAAGAAAGUGAUUUGCAAAGGGCAUUCCAGUUGUUUGCCUUCCAUCUCCUUUCCUCUGUCUGUAAAGAAACAAGACUUUUAAUCAGCUAAAAUACCCUUGUCCUCUUGUCUCUCCACCAGAAAGUAAAUACAGAAGAAAUGCAUUAUUUCGGAGUAUUAGCUGCACUGUCUGUUUUCAACAUCAUUGCCUGUUUGACAAGAGGCAAGCCUUUGGAAGAUUGGGACAAGUUAUCAGCUAUGGGAAAGUCUGAUGCACACUUUCAUGAUCCUGGGGAAGUGGAAGAUGAGACCCAUUUCGACUUUAAAUCUUUCCUGGAGAAUAUGAAGACGGAUUUACUAAGGGGUUUGAAUUUGUCAAGAGUUCCCUCACAAAUGAAGACCAAAGAAGAACCACCACAGUUCAUGAUUGAUUUAUACAACAGAUAUGCUGCAGACAAAUCCUCCAUCCCUGCAUCGAAUAUUGUAAGGAGCUUCAGUACUGAAGAUGUUGUUUCUUUAGCUUCACCAGAAGAAAAUCCAUUUCAGAAACACAUCUUGCUCUUCAACAUCUCUAUUCCACGAUAUGAGGAAAUCACCAGAGCUGAACUGAGAAUUUAUAUCUCCUGUCACAGGGAAGUUGGGUCUAUUUCUAGACUGGAAGGCAACAUGGUCAUUUAUGAUGUUCUAGAUGGUGACCAUUGGGAAAACCCAGAAAGUACCAAAUCCUUCCUUGUCUCCCAUAACAUCCAGGAAUGUGGUUGGGAGAUGUUUGAAGUGUCCAGUGCUGUGAAAAGAUGGGUCAGGGCAGACAAAUUGAAGACUAAAAAUAAGCUAGAGGUUGUUUUAGAGAGUAAGGCUCUGGGUGGUUUCACUUGCGGGAAGCUGGAUAUCAGUGUUACGCCUGACACUAAAAAUCUGCCCCUGUUAAUAGUGUUCUCCAAUGACCGCAGCAAUGGGACAAAAGAGACUAAAGUGGAGCUCCAGGAGAUGAUUGUUCAUGAACAAGAAAGUGUGCUAAAGAAAUUAGGAAAGAGCAACACUUCAUCUGAACAGGAAGAACAAGGAGAGGAAAAGGCAAUCACUAGGCCCCACCAGCAUGCCUCCAGAAGCAAGAGAAGCAUUGGAGCCAACCACUGCCGGAGAACUUCCCUCCAUGUGAACUUUGAAGAGAUUGGCUGGGAUUCCUGGAUCAUUGCACCAAAAGAUUAUGAGGCUUUCGAGUGUAAAGGAGGUUGCUUCUUCCCUCUAACAGAUAAUGUUACCCCAACAAAACACGCUAUUGUCCAAACUCUGAUGCAUCUCCAAAACCCAAAGAAAGCUUCCAAGGCCUGUUGUGUUCCAACCAAAUUGGAUUCAAUCUCCAUCCUUUAUAAGGAUGAUGCCGGUGUGCCCACUUUGAUAUAUAACUACGAAGGGAUGAAAGUGGCAGAAUGUGGCUGCAGGUAGUACCUCUCGGAAUAAGGCAGAAGAACAAGGCAGAAUCUCUAAGAAUAAGAAUAUCCCCUUUUUCUGCUCUGUGUAAAUCUAUACAUUAGUGAUGCAAAUGAAUAUCCUUGCGAACAAGGUUUGGAGCAGGGUAUGGGGCUGGUUGUUGUUGCUGCUUGUUUUAAAGGAAAACUGGCAUUUAAAGAAUGGGAGCCAUUGUAAAUAGCCUGCAUUAUAUAUCAUGGCAAAGUGAAUACUGGAUUAAAGCAUUGUGAGAAUG